AUGUCCCAAGGCCGCAUCUUGCCGCUUGAGCUCAUUGACAAGUGCAUUGGCUCCAAGCUCUGGAUCGUCAUGAAGGGCGACAAGGAAUUCCUUGGAACGCUUCGCGGAUUCGAUGACUAUGUUAACAUGGUGCUGGACGACGUCACUGAAUACGAACUCACUCCCGAGGGAAAACGUGAGGUGAAACUGGACCAAGUUCUGCUGAACGGCAACAACGUCUGUCUGCUCGUGCCUGGGGGAUUCCCAACCGCAACCUAG